UCACGCAGGGUUUACUAGAAAAUGUCGAUCGGCGAUUGACGAGCAUAUUGAUACCAUUCUCGGCUGCAGAAGAUUCUCCUAUAAUUUAAAUUAAGUCGUCAUAGAGAGAAUAUAAUCAAUGAAGUCUAUUUAGAGGCAAUCAUGAACCCGAAUUUUACCUGUCCCCAUUUGAGAAAGGUUCGAUCUGCUCUAAAAACGUAUAAUGUUAUACUGGGCUAUUAUGUAGCUUGUAUAGCUGAAGAUGACAAGUUUAAUAGAAAAGCGGAGGAUGCGUAUUGUCGUAUCUGCGAAUCAACCAAAGGAAGAUUACAUGCAUGUUUAGAAUGUGCAUUUUUUGGUUGCUUUAAAUCUGAGGAUGGAAAGGUUAGUCAUAUGAAAGAUCAUGCAGUGAAAUUUCGACACUAUUUUGCCGUUAAUCUUAACCACGGCUCUUUAUUUUGCUACUUGUGUGAUGAUUAUAUCUAUAAUGAACCCUUUGAUGCUUCACUCGCUGAAUUCGAGGUAGAAGCUAGAAGAAUGAAAGUCACUCGAGCUUACUUGCCUUGGAAACCUAAUGCAAAAGAAAGAGUUCUCCUGAGAGGUAAAAUUGUAAAAAUCAACGAAGAGUCAUAUUUUGGUUUAAGAGGUAUAGUAAAUAUAGGAAAUAGUUGUUAUAUCAACUGUAUUGUGCAAGUGUUGAUGCACACUCCUAUACUGAUAGAAUUUUUCUUUCGUGACAGGCACGUAUGCAAGUUACGACAGUCUUGUCUGUUAUGUGAAUUGUUUCAUAUGUUCCAGGAGUUUUACUCUGGGAUAUCAAUUCCUUAUGAUCCAUCAGAGCGAUUUUUUUUUGCAUUGCAGAAGUUUUGUAAUCAACCUCUUGGAAUGGAACAGCAAGACUGUUAUGAAUUAUUUCAAGAGAUUUUGACAGGAUUGCAUGCUAAUUGUCCAAAUAAGGAUGAAAUUGAUUGCAACUGUCUGAUUCAAAGAAUGUUUUAUGGAAUUGUUCAAGGCUGUAAAGAAUGCCAGCAAUGUCAUGAUUCAUCAGCUUUACCCCCUGAUUGUUUUAUGGAUAUCCUGCUCGAUUUGGAUAGGAAAGAUGAUUCUCUUAUUAAUGUUUUGAAUAGAAAAUAUCUGGAGUCACAUUUAUUAUCUGACUAUACAUGCUCUAAUUGUAAAGAAAUGAAUACAACAUAUUCAUACCAACAUAUUAAAAAACUUCCAGCUGUACUUUGCUUCCGCAUGAACUGCUUCCUUCUGGAAUUUGACAAUAAUGUUUCAGUUCGAGCCAAAAACAAAAAAAUGCAGAAGAAGUCAACUGCUUUUGCAUUUGAAGAGUUUUUGGAUAUGUCUCCUUAUUUGAAGUCGGUGAUUAUUAAUUCUUCUGGUAGACCUCAGACAUUUCGUACUCCUUCUCGUCCAGGUCAGAAUGAGUAUCGGUUGUUUGCAGUUAUAUUUCAUAAAGGUAAUUUACAAGGUGGACAUUAUGCAACAUAUAUUCGGCAGUGGAAUAAUAAAUGGUUUGAAUGUGAUGACAGAUACAUUUACAAACGGACAUUGGAAGAUGUUCUUCAAUGUGAACCUUUCCUUUUGUUUUAUCAGAAAUAUCUGUAAAUUUGCAUGCAGUUGAUUUUUAUGUAUUUUAAAUGGAGUGUCUUUUUUUUUUUUUUUUUUGCACACUCGAUUAAUUUUUCAAGAAAUUGUCAGGUCAUAUCUCUGUUAAUAUCAACUUAUAAUUAUUCAUUUUUUAAUUGCUUUUCCUGAUUUACAUUUGAUAUAUUUCUGUUGAGGUACCAUCCCCAAAACAUUAUACUAAAAUAUUUCAUAGUAAUUUGGAAAUUAAAGCAUUUAAUUUCAACUUUUUACUAUAAAGUAUAAAUAAAUACUUGGAUGUUUAAAAGAAAAAGGUACACAUUCCAUAUAUUCAAAGAAAAAAAAUCUUUGCAUAAUUGUCAUAUUUGUUAAUGAAGUAUUAACUUUAAAAAAAUUACAUAGUUUAUUUUCAAGUCAUUUUUAAAUAUGCUGCAUGUACAGUGUAUAUAAAAAGAAAUUUGCAACAUUUAUUGUCUUGUAACUAAGGACUUACUGGCAUUUGACAGUUCAUUUGGGUCAUUGUCCAAGUAGCUGUUAAGAUAUCUAAGUAGUUAACAACAAGAGUUUUAGCUCUUUUUACUUGUUUCUUUUUCAGUGUAAUGGAUGUGGAUCUGUAACAAAGCUCUAUGGAUCCAUUUAGUGAGUAGUGCACAUUCUAUUUCAGUGUUUUGGUCUGAGGAUAUGUUGGGUGUUGAACAAUUCUAUGCAUCCAUUUUAGUGAGUAGUUUGAAUUCUUUUUCAGUGUUUUGGUCUGUGGAUCUAUUAGGUAAUGUAUGCACUUUAGCAUCCAUUGCAGCAAUUGUUUGCAUCCAGUUUAGUGAGUAGUUCACAUUAUCUUUCUAUGUUAUGGUCCUUGGAUAUUUUGAGUUUCAAUGGCUCUAUGUAUGCAUUUUAGUAAGUAGUUCUCAUUCUCCUAGUAUUAUGAUCCAUGGAUGUGUUAUGUCUUAAGCAUUUCUGUGCAUUCUUUUUAGUAAGUAGUUGACAUUUUUUUCUCUUCAUGUAAUGUGAUUAUGUGUUUCUGCUUAAAUAUAAAAAUAUAUUUAGAAACAAUAUUGUUAAAAUUAGUCAAAUAAUAUGUAAAACCAAGUUGACAUCUACUUGUUUUCUCCUGUGUACUGUGCAUUUCUUAUUAAAUGUAUAUUAAGGGCUAAUGUAAUAAAAAAAAAAUACAGUACACUCUUGAAUAUCUGGUUUGCGAAUAUCUGGCCUAGUUCCCUUUUAUCAAAAUUAAACGAGGAGUGCAAAGCAUUGGAAGUAAGCAUUUAAUGUUUUUUGUAAUUUCCCUACAUUUAAGUUAGGCAUUACAAAAUUUGUUUAUACCCUUUAACAUAACUUUUCUUUAAUAAAUUCUUGAAAUAUGCAGUACAGUAUAUAAACUACCAGUACAGAGCUUUCUAGAGUAACUCAACACGAUUCUGGCAACUGCUUUUAUGAUUCACCAGGCCGCAGCCACCUUCACAUUCUACGUGGAUUGAGAAAAAUGGAGGGUUUAGUAUUCAAUAAGAAGUGAGAAAAUAUGUAUUGUAUCGGUGAGUUUUGGUAUAAAAACUCUUGUCUUCUAGCAUUGAAGGCAAAGUUUGAAUUCAUAGAACUUUAUUGUUAUCCAGUCUGCCCUUCCACCACAUUAGGCCGGAUACUCGAAAAUGUACUGUAGGUAUUUUUAAAAUAAUUAUUACUUAUUUUAAGAAUGUGUUAUUAUUUUUUACUAAUAUUAAUAUACCUUUUAUUAUAUAACAAAGCAUUGGAUGGCUUAUAUUUUUCUUAAAUGUACAUAUAUUGUUUUCAAGCUUAUAAAAUUUGUAUGUGAAUAAAAUACUUUGAA